CAUGAAGUCACAGUGGUCACUGGUGACAUUCCCAAUGGAGGUACCGAUGCCAAUAUUUACAUGAUAUGUUAUGGGGCCAGUGGGAGCACCGACGACAUGCUGUUGCCAAAAUGUGGAGACAGGUUUGAGAGAGGUCAAAGAGACACAUUUGUGAUGGAAAUUGCUGAUAUUGCACCUUUCAAGAAGAUGAGGGUCUGGAUAGAUGGGAAAGGAAGUCGUCCUGAGUGGUUUCUUGAAAAGAUUAUACUGAAAAACAUGAGUAAUGAGGAAGAGACGACGUUUACCUAUGGCGACUGGCUGUCAAAGACCAAAGGUGAGAAGAGGCAACUCUCCGUUGAGAUGGCGGCGGUAGUGGAUGAAGAGGAGAUGGUUGAUACCACCACAUACACCAUACAAGUGAAGACUAGUGACGUAUCAGGUGGCGGUACUGAUGCCAACGUUUGCAUGAUAAUCUUUGGAGAGAAUGGCGACAGCGGGACACUUGCGUUGAAGCAGUCGAAUAACAACAACAAGUUUGAGAAAAAU